AUGGUUUGUAUCACCCUUGACAUCAAUCGAAUCAAGGAAGAAAUUUCUGAUAAUGGUUCUGAAAUAUUGGCGAAGGAAGUUGUGAAAGCCAACGGCUUAUCUGACAAGGUCAUUGUUUUGCAUGGGAGAGUGGGGGAUGUUGAAAUUGACGAGGAGAGUAUGCUGGGAAGUGUUAUUACAGCUAGAGAUCGCUGGUUGAAGCCUGGAGGGUUUCUCUACCCUUCUGGUCUUCCUUCGCUCGAGUUCUUCUUACCAGAAGAGUAUAAGGAUUUGAUCCUUGAGGGAAUCUGA